AUGGCACGUCUUGCUCUGUUUCUGUCUUUUCUCCCUCUAUUAGCUUCGAUCUCUGGAGUGAACUGUCGUGUUUUAAGUUCUCUGUCCGAGGAUAAUAACUCGAUCUUGGUCUCCGAUGGAGUCCAAGACGGAUCCAGCAACGAGUUCCUCAGUCUUGAUCCGCCAAAUCUCUCUUCCGAGAAUGCUUGUGUUCAUGUCUACGGGUUUCUGCCUUGUGCAGACAAUAUUGAAGGAUAUGUCUUCCAAGUUUUCUCCUUUGGUUGUCUACUGAUCAUCGGUGAAUACUUUUUGUCUAAAGGAAGGUGUAAGCUCUUUGUCAUCUUCGAAGUCUGUUUCUUUGGUGGUAUCAUCUUCCCUCUCCUUGUAAUGUUCCCAAGAAUCACCCUUAUUCUCGCGACUGGACUAAUGGGAAGCCGCGAAAUGGCAAACUCGAUGGUGGGUAAUAACGUUGCAGUUACUGUGGGAUACUCUGUCUUUGCUUUGACAGUGCAGUGGGGAGCUUGUGUUGUCUUUGGCUUGCCUGGUUUGAGCUCAGAUCAGUCCAUAGGAAAUGGAGAAGUCCAGAGAGCUAGCGUAAAGGCAGAUCCUAAGAACAAGAAAGCGGCUGGGAUUAUGCUCUUGACUUUAUUUCCCUUCGUCUUGGUCACCUUUUCAGAGACAUUUGACUCUAAAUCUUGGGAUGACUCUAUCAUUUUGAUCACUCUCUUAUUCUCUGGUUCUGCAACUGUUCUUUUCUUUGUUUAUCAUUAUUUUGAUAAAGCGGACCAAGUGAAGAGCUUAGAUCACGCGAGGUUUGAGCUCAUGUCAGAAGUUCAUAAGCACUUGCAGAACUUUGCCCCUCAAAGCCUUAUAAGAGAUAAACAACUAAGCAAAGAGAGCUUAAAGAGUUUGUUUGAAAAAAUCGAUGUCAACAAAGACGGAAAGAUUCAAGUUUCAGAGCUAAAAGAUCUGACGGUGGAGUUUGGGGUGUUGGGCAGAAUGAAGUGUGACAUACAUGAGCUUGCCACUACAUUGCUUGCUGAUUUCGACAGUGAUAAAGAUGGUGAGAUAGAUGAGACUGAAUUCGAGAAAGGGAUCGAAAAAUGGCUGAGACAGUACAAAUUCACCGUCGAUAGCACCGAUUCACAAAAAGAGUACCAAGCUGAGGAUGAGGCAGUAUUGAAGAUGGUACAAACAAACGAAUGUCUUUUUACUAAGUUACUGACAAAGAGAACCUUCAAAGCUGUCACUGAAGUCAUUAUAGGGAUUCUUAUUGUCAGCUUUCUUGCAAUGCCUUUCAUGAUGAAUAUCGAACUUUUGUCGGUAUCAGCUGGAGUUCCUUCCUUCUAUGUUGUCUUUGCAGUGAUCCCUUUGGCAAGAAACCUAAAGAACGCUUUGUCUGCUCACUUCUGUCGCAAGAAAGACCAAGCGAGAAUCACAUCCGAUAUAUUCUCUGAGAUAUACAGAGAUGUUACAUUAAACAAUUUGCUGGGGAUUACAAUUAUAUUGGCGAUUGUGUACUUGAGAGGCUUAACUUGGGAUUACUCAACAGAAGUUCUCAUUAUUGUGAUUGUUGGCCUCAUAAUAGGGGUACCAGCUUAUGUGAGAUCAACUUAUCCAUUUUGGAUAAGUGUCUUGGCUUUUGCUCUCUACGUCUUCUCCCUUGUCCUUAUCUAUCUCCAUUCAACUCUCUAG